AUGGUCAAAGAGAAGAUGUGCUUGCGCGACCUGCCAGUCUUGAAUGGCGAUCUCUCGUGGGAGACGGACACCAUUCAAGCCCGCGCCAAAACCUAUAACCCCGACUAUGAUCCCAGGGACCCGUGGACGUGGCCCCAGCUGCACUCCACACAGCAUCCAGGCUAUCAUGAGAACAGAACCGACCCGGUCGCUCUGCCUCACGGUAUCGCGUAUCCAAACAACAUCGCAAUCAAGUUCUCGCGCCCGAGCCAGAUCAUCAUGAUCAAGCACCCUCAACACCGGAACAAUGGCUUCGGGUGGAUUAGACAUAACAACCUGUUGUUUCUGUACACCUACGAUGGAUCUGGGCAUCCAAGGGCUGAGAACAUCCUACCGGUCACGGAGAGGUGGAACUGGAUUCUCAAGGUAACCGGCACACAUCCCGAGCACUCGGAGGUGGAAGCGGAAGAGAGGCCCGAGCAGCCCGAGUCCACAACUAACGCCUUCAACGAGGUUCUCAAAACGAUGAACGAAACACCAAAGAAGAGCACCGCGGAUAUUGCCAGCCUUCGCAAGGAAGUCAGCCAACUCAAGGGUCUCCUUGCAUUCCAGCCAGCAAGAGCGGGCAAAGCCGAACGGAAGGUCAAAGCUGCGAAUAAAGCUCAUGACACAGAGGCGUCUCUCGGUCGCGAAGGACAAGCUCAAGGGUAUCGUAGCGGCUAUACAGGCACCAAAGAGAAUUUGCAAUGGAGGACUGCUGAGCACGACGAGGGGUGCAAGUGCGAAGCUCGAUGGGCUGAACAGGUCAGACUGUUUGUGAAGGAAUCAGAAGAGAAGAACCAGAAACUAGAAGCCGCGCAGAAGGAGGCUGCGACUGCAAAAGAGCAGGUGAUGAAGAUCUGGGAGGAAAUGAGGAAGGCCAAGAAUAGCGAGGAGAGAAAGAGAAAGGACAGUGGGGAGGCAGCCGAACCGGUGAUGAAGAAGGCGAGAAUUUGA